CCGCCCCCGCGGACCCGGCCUGGCUCCGCCGCCCGCCUUCGCCGCCCUCGCCUGCGCCGCCGCCUCGUCGCUGCUGGGGUUCCUGCGCUCGGCGCCGCGGGGCCACCGCCUGCUGCUGCUGCCGCCCCUGCCCUCGUCGCCGCCGGCCAGCGCCCCCCGCUGCCGCCCGGCGCCGCCCGCCAUGCCCGGCCCGGCCGCCGGGAGCAGGGCCCGGGUCUACGCCGAGGUGAACAGCCUGCGGAGCCGCGAGUACUGGGACUACGAGGCGCACGUCCCGAGCUGGGGUAAUCAGGACGAUUACCAACUGGUUCGGAAACUUGGCCGGGGAAAAUAUAGUGAAGUAUUUGAGGCCAUUAACAUCACCAACAAUGAGAGAGUGGUUGUAAAAAUUCUCAAGAGACGGGAGGAAUCAAAGGGGGCUCCUCUUAUAGCAGUGAAGAAAAAGAAGAUAAAACGAGAGGUUAAGAUUCUGGAAAAUCUUCGAGGUGGAACAAAUAUCAUUAAGCUCAUUGACACUGUGAAAGACCCGGUGUCAAAGACUCCAGCUUUGGUGUUUGAAUACAUCAACAAUACAGAUUUUAAGCAGCUAUACCAGAUCCUUACAGACUUUGAUAUCCGGUUUUAUAUGUAUGAGCUGCUUAAGGCCCUGGAUUACUGUCAUAGCAUGGGAAUCAUGCACAGAGAUGUCAAACCUCACAAUGUUAUGAUAGAUCACCAACAGAAAAAGCUCCGCCUCAUAGACUGGGGUCUGGCAGAAUUCUACCAUCCUGCUCAGGAGUAUAAUGUGCGUGUGGCCUCCAGGUACUUCAAAGGGCCUGAGCUCCUUGUGGACUACCAGAUGUACGACUACAGUCUCGACAUGUGGAGCUUAGGCUGUAUGCUGGCCAGCAUGAUCUUCCGAAAGGAGCCCUUCUUCCACGGCCAAGACAACUAUGACCAGCUUGUCCGAAUUGCCAAAGUACUUGGUACCGACGAGUUAUAUGGAUAUCUGAAGAAGUACCACAUAGACCUGGACCCACACUUCAACGAUAUCCUGGGGCAACACUCACGAAAACGCUGGGAAAACUUCAUCCAUAGUGAGAAUAGGCAUCUCGUCAGUCCUGAGGCCCUGGACCUUCUGGACAAGCUUCUGCGCUACGACCAUCAACAAAGGCUGACCGCCAAAGAGGCCAUGGAACACCCUUAUUUCUACCCUGUGGUGAAGGAGCAGUCCCAGCCAAGCUCAGAAAAUUCUGUGCUCUCCAGUGGCCUCACAGCAGCACGAUGAAGCCUGGAAAACGACGGGAAACCACUGUUCACCUGACCAGCCCAGCCAACAAACUCUGAAUGUCUAGUUUCCUAUCUAUUCCAUCGUGGUCCUGGUUUCCUCUGGCGAGAUCCUGGCUCAGGUUUUAGCAAAGUGUCAGCCGCCACUGACACAAAGGAGAUAUUAAAUGUGACCGAAUUUCUUUCCUUUUUUUAAGCUCUUUUACAAAUUCAUGUUUUACCCAUUUUCUUAAUGGCAUGAGCUCUCCAGGGACUGUCCCUCAUCACUGCAGUUUUCCUUUAAGUCUCCAAGAAUAUGCGAAUGAACUGAAAUCAUUGCUGCAAAACAAUCCUCUUGGGUGGCAUCUGACAUCACUCUCAUUCUCUUGAUGUCACUGCCCAGGGCAGUCAUUCUCAUCAAAAAGUUAAUGUGUGUGUAUACCCCAAAGCUUGCUGCAGCUGGCUAUGGUCUAUAUGCUUGUAAGACCGUGGGUUGGGUUUGGUUUUUGGUUUUUGGUUUUUGGUUAUUUUUUUCCUGGCUUGGCCGUUUUCUGUGUCAGUGGUAGGAGAAUCUUACAGGGUUUCCUUACCCCAGACUCUCCAUGUACACACAUUUUAAUACUGAAACAUAGGCUUUAUUGUUUACAGCCAGUACUAUUGAGGAAAAAAAAGUCAGUGCCUCUUAACUGGAGAAGUUGGGUUAAAACUAGUGGCCGCUCUCUGGUUUAUAAAAGGAAAGAGAAGAGUAUGCCACCCUAGUUCAUUCAGAAAAGACGUUGGGCAAAGUAUGGAUUGGGAAUGUUCCCCUUUUCCUCCUUUCCCCCUGUGAAAGAAGCUACUUCUGACAGGAGUUAAAGGAAUGUAUUCUUUCAAGUUCUUAUGUAUUAGAUGCAUAAACCUACAGUAUUCUACUUGAAUGAGAAAAAUGUCAUUCAUGUGUCAAGAAUCUGGAGUAGUAUUGGAAAGGCCCUGAAAUAACCUAGGUCACUGAGGAAGGGAUUGGGGUGGGGGGCGGGGAUGGGAACAUACAGGACUUCAGUUAAGGAAGGGAGUUGGGACCAUUGGAGCAAGUGUGAACAGAUUUGAAUCCAGGAUGCUAAUCCAUAUGUGUUAGCAGAGUAAGCUAGAUUUUUGAAAUACAGGGCUGUGAUUCAUUUUGUGGGCAUGCCCUGGAAACUCGUCACCAGCACUGUUUAACAUGGGUUGGGCCUGUCCAUCCCAGCUGCCUCUCAUAGGUCUCUGCUUAAAAACUGUUCCAGCAGCUGUGGAGACUUGACACAUUUAGGCUAGAACUAGAAGUGUCUACCCCCCUUUAGGAUUUCCUUAUUAACUAUUUAAUAACGCCAUACUUUUUUAUAUAAGGUUAGAUUGUUUGUUUGAAACAUCUGUUUACAUUCCAUAUUCCAAUAAAGUCAUAUUGGUAUUGGUAGCAGGUCCUAUCUAUAAAUGUAAACUCUAUUUUGUCUUCUGGUCUGUGGGAAUUUAAAAUGCAAAAAAAACAAAUAACCAACCCUAAACACAAACUCCAGUUGUGUCAAGUUGAAUUUACAGAUGAGGAAACAAAUUCCAGAGCCAGGAAAUGCAAAACGAUAAGGUUCUCAUGCCACCACUCUCAGGCUUACCUUUCCUGUCCUGCAUAUUGACCUAUCUGCCUGACUCCACCUGAAAAUAAAGGUUAAAAAGAUGGAACCUGAGUUACAGGCGUAAUACGUACCUCCAAGUGUCAGACCACAGAACCGUUGUCAGUGCCCUGCUUGGGGGCCUGUCCGAGGGGGCAGUUCUGGAGCAAGUAAAGGCUGCUCUAAGGGAAAUGGGUCGUUAUUUCUUUCCCUUUCUGCUCCUCCCCUUUCCCCGGAAAAAGCAUCAUCUAUGGGAGCCUGCGCUUAGGAUUGGGGUGGGGGGGUGUCCCAUGACCAGUCCUGAAGCAGGAGUAGCAGCACAUUUCCUUCCUUUCCUUGUUUUCU